AGGACAGGGCUGCAUCACUGUGCUGGACUAUAAGAGGUGUGAGAGUCCUACAGGGAGGCACCAUCCGGUCCAAAUUCUCCUGCGGAACAGGUCUCCUCCAGUCAGCAGUCAUGAAAUUCGCCCUCAUUGCAGCCGUUGUCCUGCUUGCUCUGGCACAGGGAAGCUUUGCACAAGAUGCUUCUGAUAUUGAGAAGCUCGGUCAGUACUUUGAGGAUCUGAAGAACAAAAUGACUCAGGAGCUGACUGAGAUUAUGAGCAACCAGGAACUGACCAACCAGGCCCAGACCUUCCUGGUGGACAAGAAAGCCCAGCUGGAGCCUCUGGCCACUCAGAUCCAGGAACAGCUGAGGACUGCUGCUGCCAACGUGGAGGAGCAGAUCAAGCCCCUGGCUGCCAAUGUGCAGGCCCAGAUGCAGCCCAUGGUUGAGAACUUCCAGAGGCAGGUGGAGGCCAUCUUCCAGAGGCUGACAGAGCAGGCCCGUGCCCUUAACUAA